AAGGUCGCUGCGGGUACUUGCGACGAUCUCGGCGACACCUCCACCCUCGCCGACCCGGGCAUUGUGGAGAAGCUCAUCGAAGGUAGGAGGUGGCUAUCGGUGUGACGAAAUUUUGGCGUCACUGUGUGCUGUACCGUUCUUGUUGUUGAAGCGCUUCCCUGUAGGGAAAGGAAAGCCUACUGGAGGUGGCUCUGUGUGGGGGUCAUACAGCGAGCAAAUGGAGAGUGACAAAAAGAGAGAUGCUGAGAAAAAGACAACCGUGCGUUCUUCUGUGUUGUGCGCGUUUCCAUGUAUUUAG